CAUUUCUGACGCUGACCACCUAAUCAGCGUAGGUAAGCACCGGCGUACGGCGUUUGUUUAUGCCAAAUAUCUAGCUAGUCCAAACAGGAGAGGGGAAGAGAAAGAGAAGGUCCAGGCCAUGGUCUAGGCGUCUAGCUAGCUGCCUGCCUCUAUAUAAGGCCAUGGCAAGAAGAAAGGGUUGGAACUUGGAAGGCUAGAGAAGCUAGAGAGAGGGGGAGAGCAAGAGACGUUUGCCUUGCUCCAAGGAGAGAUAGCUUGUCUUCUGUGAAAGGAGACCGAGAUGAUUAAGGGAGACCAGAGGCAGCUCGGCGGCCAUGAAGAACAGCUAAAAGAUCAGAUGAGAGAUGAUCAUCAGGCCUCAGAUGGCAAUUUUUUCAAGUUCUUGCAAAACCAGUCAAGCAUAAAAAAAGAGGCUCAAGAAGACAAGAUUGCGUCCACAAGGGCAGAGAUGGGCGAAGUGAGUAAAGAGAACGAGAGGUUGAAGAUGAUGCUAUCACGGAUGGUGGAGGACCAUCGCUCCCUUCAGAAGCAAUUCGACGUUCUCCACCAGCAAGGGCAAGGCAAGAACCUUGCCGUUGGCUCACCGGAGCAUACAUCACCGGUCGACGGCCCCGGGUUCGUCUCUUUGCGCCUUGGAACGAGCGCCGGCAUGAGCAGGCAGAACAUGGAAGAACAGAUCAAGGGCAGCACUAAUAAUCCAGAUGACAAGGGCAUCUUUCUUGGACUUUCAUCAGCCUGCGGAGCUGUCGGUGCAAGAACUGAUGGAAGUGAGACGAAGGUGCAACCGGACGUGGUGACAUUGAGCCCUGGAGGCAGCUCCGAGGAGGACGCCGCCACAGAGACAACCACAAUAUCGGCGGCGAGCAAGGCAGCAAAGAUCCCGAGGAGCACUGGAGGAGUGGAGGCCGAUGAGGAGGUGGCCCAGCAGCCACUGGCCAAGAAGGCCAGGGUGUCGGUGAGGGCAAGGUGUGACACACCAACGAUGAACGAUGGGUGCCAGUGGAGGAAGUACGGGCAGAAGAUAUCCAAGGGCAACCCGUGCCCGCGUGCCUACUACCGCUGCACUGUCGCAACAGGGUGCCCCGUCAGGAAGCAGGUGCAGAGAUGCGCGGAGGACAUGUCGAUCCUGAUCACCACCUACGAGGGUGCGCACAACCACCCACUCUCCGCCUCCGCAACCGCCAUGGCCUCCACCACCUCCGCUGCCGCGUCCAUGCUCAUGUCAGGCUCCUCCACCUCGUUUGGCUUUCCCUCUGCCACUGCCGCCACCAGCCUCCAUGGCCUCAGGUUCGGCCUCCCAGCAACGGCCAUGGACGCCUCCUCCAACCAGCUGGGCGGCCGACCGUUCUUCCUCCCGACCGCCACGGGCACGUCCAUCAGCGCUACCCCGUCAUACCCCACCAUCACCCUCGACCUCACCUCGCAGGCCGCCUCGCAACACGCCUUCUCCCUGAGCAAUUGCAACAAGUUCUCUUCCAGCUUCACCGGCUCUCAUGGCCACAACAGUAGCACUAGUAGGUACCCUUCCACGAGCUUCUCCUUCUCUAGCUUCGACGCGAGCAGCCUACCUGGCUCCACCACAUGGCCAUCAGGUGUUGGAUCAUACCUGGGCUACGGAUCCUCAUCCGGCGCGUCCUACAACGGCCCCAACAAGGGCACAUUCGAAGCUGCACUGAGCAGCAUCCAUGGAAGGCAACAAGGCUCGGUGGCAUCGCUCUACCAGCCGGUGCAUGUGCAACAGAGGGUGGCUGAGUUGAGAAGUGGUGGCACGGGCAUGGCGGCCCCGACUGUGCUCACUGAUACGAUCGCCAAGGCGAUUACGUCGAACCCGGGCUUCCACACAGCGCUCACAGCUGCCAUCACAUCAUACGUCGGCAAGUCGGCAGCAGGAGGCGGGAAGGGGCUCGAGUGGGGGGACCACCUCGGGCUCGGGCCGUCGGGUGCGGCGACUGCGGUGUGCUCGUCAGCGCUUCUGGCACGGUCGUCUUCAACGGCAGCCGCACAGAACGGUUCUCCAAAUGGCAAGAUGAGGUUGGAGCCGUCACUGGCGCUGUCAAGCUCCACAAGUGCUACUGCUUCGACGUCUCGGGUGUGAAGAUCAUGGAGCAGAUCAAUUCGUUAGAUGAAGCUUAUGACUUAUGUUUGUGGAUUAAUUUGAUCAUUUAGUGUACAUAUAUGCUCACUGUAGCAUAAUUGCUGAAAAUGUGUGGAUUGAUUCAUCAUUCACAGCCUAGACACA